GGAGUGGACGCAACAUGGCUGACGUUGAGGACACACUGAAGAGGAUCGAAACCCAGAAAGGUGUGAUUGGGACAGUGGUUGUCAAUGGAGACGGUAUUCCCAUCAGAACGACCUUAGAUAACUCCACCACAGUCAAGUACGCAGGGCUGUUCCGUCAGCUCACCGUGAUGGCCAGGAGCACAGUGAGAGACAUCGACCCCCAGAACGACCUCACCUUCCUCCGGGUCCGCACCAAGAAACAUGAGAUCAUGGUGGCGCUGGAGAAUGACUUUCUGCUGAUAGUCAUCCAGAGACCAUGUGAAUAGCUGCUGGACAUCUCCAUGAGUCAGCUCUUGGUUUUGUCACAUGGUGCAUGCUGUAUCCAGACAAACAGCUCUUUUUACUGCUGUGUUCUGUUCCCUGAAGUGCUGCAUGAUCCCUCUUUUCCUGUUUGGAACUGACAUAUGUUGAGUACGUCUGUAAAGUUGAGCCGAUGGAUAUUGUACAAUAGAUUAUAAUAGAUGCAACCUCUUCACUUUGGUAAAUGUGACCAAUUCAGUGAAAACCCUGAAUAAAUUAGAGGUGAAACAAGAUGCAUCCACUAUU